AUGCAGGAGGGAAGUAAAAGGGAGGAAGAUAUUAUUAAAAAGAUUAAUUCUUCAACUUUUCAACAAUCGAGGGGUGAUGCCAGCAGUAAUCCAGUAAAAACUAGAAUUAGAAGGCAAAUUCUAAAAGAUUUGGGUUUUCUACAAGAAGGGGAACAAGAAGUGGAAGAUGAAUUAAUAGCUAACGACAAAUGCUUGGAUCUUUACUUGCAAAUACGACUGGAAAGAGAACGUAAGCAAAUCGAGUCGUUACGUGAAUCUAACCUCGAUAGGCUAAAUACUAUUAUAGACAAGUGCUUACAAUCCGAUAAAUUUACAAAAGAUUCAUUGUGGAAAAUUUUAGACCUAAUUUAUAAACCACUGCCGUCUGGUAGUAGUGCUAGUUCUUCACAGCAGCAGCAAGAGCAGCAGCAAGAGCAGCGACCGGCUCAACCGACCGUCGCUCUAUCACCGGACGCAAGGAAAAGAAAACUGGCAUCCCCAGUGGUAAGCCCAAAGGGCCAUAAAAGAUUCGCAUCUGAUGUUCCCUCGUUGGGCACUGUGGCGGCGACCCAACCACCUUACUACGGCGCACCGAUUCAAAGUGGUCCAACACCUUGGGUUGGUCAGCAGUAUAACCAACAAGCACCACCACAACACCAACAACAAUAUGAAUUUAAAAAUACAAUCCCAGCUGGUCUGGGUGGACCUGCAAGACAUCCUCAUCAAGAGACCAUUCAAACUACACCGAUUAGUGAAAACCAACCACCAACGGCUGCAAUGGCGCAACAACAGCAAUAUUUUGCAGGUCACUACUCACCUGCUCAGUUUGUCGCAAAUGGAGCCCGAGGUGGUUAUUUCUUACCCGCUGCUACAGCUACAGCAGCUGCUCAGAGUGGUAGACCUCAUCCUGUAGUAAUGAUGCAGUCAGAUUCACCAACACAGCGAGCACCAUCUGGUUAUUUACAACCUCCGCAACAUAUUCCGUCAUCUUAUGGUAGUACCAUAAAGCAAGAAUAUCCGAUGACAACAAGACGACUUCAAGGUCAUAGACGUUCACAGAGUGCAAAUGUACCGACUUUUGGUAUAGGCUCAACGAAGUCGCCAUCGAGGGAAUUACAUGCAACUCCCCAGAAACCUGUUAAUUUUUUAAUUCAUACGCCAAAGCAUCCACCUCCGGGGUAG